ACGGACUACUACCACCAAAUGACACUGAUGGCCGGCCACCCAAACCCGUACGGGGACCUCCUGAUGCAGAGCGGGGGAGCAGCCGGCACAGCCCACAUCCAUGAUUACCUCAGCCCCGUCGACGUGUCCCGGUUUUCGAGCCCACGGGUGACUCCGAGAUUAAGCCGAAAGCGAGCCCUGUCCAUCUCCCCGCUGUCUGAUGCCAGCAUUGAUCUCCAGACGAUGAUCAGGACCUCCCCAAACUCUCUCGUGGCAUAUAUCAACAACUCCAGAAGCAGUUCAGCUGCAAGUGGCUCCUACGGUCAUUUGUCUGCCGGGACAAUCAGUCCGGCGUUCAGCUUCCCCCACCCCAUUAACCCCGUGACGUACCAGCAGAUCCUGACCCAGCAGAGAGGCCUGGGCUCGGCCUUCGGACACACGCCUCCCCUGAUCCAGCCGUCGCCCACCUUCCCUCCGCGGCAGCACAUGGCCGUCAUCUCCCUUAACCCCCCGCCCGCACAGGCCAGCAGCAACAGCAACUGCAUCUCCGACUCCAGCCAGAGCAAGCAGAGCAGCGAGUCAGCCGUGAGCAGCACAGUCAAUCCCGUGAUUAACAAGCGCAGCAAAGUCAAGACUGAAGUCGAGGGCUUGCCCCCAGCAUCCCCAACCACACAGGAGCAUCUGACAGACCUGAAAGAAGAUCUAGAUAAGGAUGAAUGUAAACAGGAGCCUGAGGUUAUUUAUGAGACGAACUGUCACUGGGAAGGGUGCACAAAGGAAUAUGACACUCAAGAGCAGCUUGUCCAUGUGA